AUGGGGCAGCUCAGCAAGAAGCUUCUCCUCCUGGCGGCCAUGGUCGCGGCGGCACUGGCCGUGGCGGAGCUAUGCGGCGCCAUCCCGAUGGUGGACAAGGACCUGGAGUCGGAGGAGGCGCUGUGGGACCUGUACGAGCGGUGGCAGAGCGCGCACCGUGUGCCGCGCCACCACGCCGAGAAGCACCGCCGCUUCGGCACCUUCAAGUCCAACGCCCGCUUCAUCCACUCCCACAACAAGCGCGGUGACCGCCCCUACCGCCUCCGCCUCAACCGCUUCGGCGACAUGGCCCGCGACGAGUUCCGCGCCACCUUCGCUGGAUCCCGCAUCAACGACCUCCGCCACGACCUCCCCGAGGCGCCGGCCAUCCCCGGGUUCAUGUACGCCAGCGCGAACGUCUCCGACCUCCCCAAGUCCGUCGACUGGCGGCAGAAGGGCGCAGUGACGGGGGUCAAGGACCAGGGUAAGUGCGGCAGCUGCUGGGCCUUCUCCACCGUGGUGUCCGUGGAGGGCAUCAACGCGAUCCGGACCGGCAAGCUGGUGUCCCUGUCGGAGCAGGAGCUGGUCGACUGCGACACGACAGACAACAACGGGUGCCAGGGCGGCCUCAUGGACAAUGCCUUCGAGUACAUCAAGAAUAACGGCGGGCUCGCCACCGAGGACGCCUACCCGUACCAUGCCGCCAACGGCACCUGCGACGCCGUGAGAGAGAAGAAAUCCCCCGUGCUGGUGCACAUCGACGGCCACCAGGACGUGCCCGCCAACAGCGAGGAGGGGCUUGCCAAGGCCGUGGCGAACCAGCCCGUGUCCGUCGCUAUCGAUGCCAGCGGCCAGGCGUUCCAGUUCUACUCCGAGGGGGUGUUCACCGGCGACUGCGGGACCGAGCUGGACCAUGGCGUGGCCGUGGUCGGGUAUGGCGUGGCGGACGACGGCAUGGCGUACUGGACGGUGAAGAACUCGUGGGGGACGAAGUGGGGGGAGAAGGGGUAUAUCAGGAUGCAGAAGGAUGGAGGCUCCGAUGGCGGGCUCUGUGGUAUCGCCAUGGAAGCGUCCUACCCCGUCAAGACCCCGAGCAAACCCAAGCCCACGCCCAGGCGCGCGCUCGGUACAAGGGAGUCCCAGUGA